GGAAAAUUAUUGAUUCGUAUAAAUCGAAAUAACUUGAUUAUCCUAGCUCUUUUUUUUCAACAAAGAAAAAAUAACGCAUUUUUUCCUUAUUGUAAAAGUUAAAAAACAUUCAAAGUUGUCUUUCAUUUUGUAACACAAAGAUAUUAAUUUUGGAAAAAAAAAAUUUUUCUUUGUCAAUAAAGUUCAACGAAAUCUUAUAUCAAAUUGUUGUUGUUGUUGUUGUUAACAUCGAAUAGAAAUGAUUAAAUUUGAUAAUAUUUUUCAUUAUUUUUUUGUAACAUUUUUUCCAUUACAUAUAAUAUGGUUUAUUUGGAAUCCAAUUUGGUUCAAUUAUUUUUGCAUUUUAGUCGGCAUAUCCAUAAUAUCAUGGACAAUAGCAUAUUAUCUAUUCGAAAUAUUCAAUCAAAAAUUGAUUGAUCCAACCGGUAAAAUUGUAUUGAUUACCGGUUGUGAUACUGGAUUUGGUAAUCGAUUAGCUUAUCGAUUAGAUCAAAUUGGUUUUUAUGUUUAUGCUGGUGUUUUAUUUCCUGAUGGUGAUGGUACCAAACAAUUACAACAAAAAUGUUCGAAUCGUUUGAAAACAAUACGAAUGGAUGUAACAAAACCGGAUGAAGUAAAAAUGGUUAUCGAACAGAUUAAACAAUCGAAUAAACCAUUAUGGGCUUUAGUCAACAAUGCUGGUAUCGGUAUAUCCGUACCAUUUGAUUGGGGCAAUGAUGUUGAUGUUUAUCAAAAAGUAUUCGAUGUUAACGUUUUUGGUUUAGUUCGUGUAACAAAAUAUUGUAUGCCAUUAUUACGCAAAUCAAAUGGUCGAAUCAUCAAUGUAGCUAGUCUAGCUGCACGAAUCACAGCACCAUUAGUAUCACAUUACAGUAUGGCUAAACAUAGUGUUCGUGUUUUUUCCGAUGCUAUACGUCGUGAAAUGGGUUGGUCAAAAAUCAAAGUAAUCACAAUGGAACCGUCAUUCUAUCGAACUGAAAUUAUCAAUCAUGAAUCAAUCGAUCGUAUGCGACAAAAAAUCUUCAACGAAACAUCUGAAGAUAUACAACAAAAUUAUGGUGAAAAAUAUAUGCGUUUUCUCAAUAAAUCAAAUUCAAUGACUAAAUGGAUUAUAAAAAAUGAUUACGAAACGGUUAUCGAUACAAUGAUUAUGGCCAUUGUAAAUGAAAAUCCAAAAUUAUAUUAUCGUUGUUGUAGUUAUUAUGAAGUAAUUAUAUUCUGGGCAACAUCACAUUUACCCGAAAUAAUUAUCGAUUAUUACAUCAAAUACAUUGGCAAAAUGAAUAGGUUAUUAUGGAUUAAGAAAUAG